GCGGGGCGGGCUGCGCGGCGGCGGUGAGCGCUCGGGGCCGCCGCGUUCGCUCCCCGUCUCCGCCCGGGGCCCGGGGGGUCGCGGCCGAGCGGGGCCUCCCCUGGCACCAUGAGCGGCGGCGGAGGCGGGCGGGUGUGCGACCUGUCCCGGCGCAACCCCCAGGAGGACUUCGAGCUCAUCCAGCGCAUCGGCAGCGGCACCUACGGCGACGUUUACAAGGCUCGAAAUGUCAACACUGGUGAGCUUGCAGCAAUUAAAGUAAUAAAACUAGAACCAGGAGAAGAUUUUGCUGUUGUGCAGCAGGAAAUCAUUAUGAUGAAAGACUGUAAACAUCCGAACAUUGUUGCUUAUUUUGGCAGCUAUCUCAGACGAGACAAGCUAUGGAUUUGCAUGGAGUUCUGUGGAGGUGGCUCUCUACAGGAUAUUUAUCAUGUGACUGGACCACUAUCAGAGCAGCAGAUUGCCUAUGUUAGCAGAGAAACACUACAGGGACUGUAUUAUCUUCACAGUAAAGGAAAAAUGCACAGAGAUAUAAAGGGAGCAAACAUUCUUUUAACGGAUAAUGGACAUGUAAAAUUAGCCGAUUUUGGAGUAUCUGCACAGAUAACAGCUACAAUUGCCAAAAGGAAAUCAUUCAUUGGCACCCCAUAUUGGAUGGCACCAGAAGUUGCUGCAGUAGAAAGGAAAGGUGGCUAUAACCAGCUCUGUGAUCUGUGGGCAGUUGGAAUAACUGCAAUAGAGCUCGCUGAACUUCAGCCACCAAUGUUUGACCUACAUCCAAUGAGAGCACUUUUUCUAAUGACAAAAAGCAACUUCCAGCCUCCUAAGUUAAAGGACAAAAUGAAAUGGUCCAACAGUUUCCAUCAUUUUGUGAAAAUGGCACUUACAAAAAAUCCUAAAAAACGACCUACUGCUGAAAAGUUGCUACAGCAUCCCUUUGUUACCCAGCCACUCAAUCGAAGUCUUGCCAUCGAACUUUUGGAUAAAAUGAAUAAUCCUGAUCAUUCCACUUACCAUGAUUUUGAUGAUGAUGAUCCUGAGCCUCUUCUUGUGCCUCACAGAAUUCAUUCAACAAGUAGAAAUGGGAGAGAAGAAAAGACACGCUCUGAAAUAAACUUUGGCCAAGUAAAGUUUGAUCCACCCUUGAGGAAAGAGACAGAGCCACAUCAUGAAUUUGAUCUCCAGCUGGAAUAUGGUCAUGGUCCUCAGUGUGGCUACUUUUUGGGUGCAAAUAAGAGUCUCUUAAAAUCAGUUGAAGAAGAACUACAUCAGCGGGGACAUGUGGCACAUUUAGAAGAUGAUGAUGAUGCAGAUGAUGAUUCAAAACAUGCUACUAUGAAACCGAAAGUGCCACCUCCCUUACCACCAAAGCCUAAAUCCAUAUUUAUCCCCCAAGAAAGUUACUCCUCUGAAAAUGAAAAUCAAGGGACAAUCAAGAGAUGCCCAACAUCAGAGAGUCCAGCAAAAUCUACAUCUCACGUUCCACCCAGGCCACCACCUCCUCGGUUACCUCCCCAGAAAUCGAAUCCUUUAGGUAAUGGAGUCACUUCUCUCCAAUUAAAUGGCGAAAGAGAGGAACUGCCAAAUCAACAGAAUGAAGGUAGAGACACAAGCUUUUCAAGGAAAGAGAAGAAGGAAAUACUGAAACCAAUUAGUAACGGCCUCCCUCCCACACCUAAAGUACAUAUGGGUGCUUGCUUUUCAAAGGUUUUCAAUGGCUGUCCAUUAAAAAUACAUUGUGCAACAUCUUGGAUAAAUCCAGAUACAAGAGAUCAAUACUUGAUAUUUGGAGCAGAAGAAGGUAUUUACACACUGAACCUCAAUGAACUUCAUGAAACAUCAAUGGAGCAGCUGUUUCCUCGAAGAUGUACGUGGUUAUAUGUCAUGAACAAUUGUUUGUUAUCAAUAUCCGGUAAAGCUUCUCAGCUUUAUUCCCAUAAUCUACCAGGACUCUUUGAUUAUGCAAGGCAAAUGCAAAAGUUACCUGUUGCUAUUCCAGCACAUAAACUCCCUGACCGAAUACUUCCCAGGAAGUUUGCGGUGUCUACGAAAAUUCCUGACACUAAAUGGUGUCAAAAGUGUUGUGUGGUGAGAAAUCCCUACACAGGCCACAAGUACCUUUGUGGAGCACUACAGUCUAGCAUUGUUUUGUUAGAAUGGGUUGAACCAAUGCAAAAAUUUAUGUUAAUCAAGCACAUAGAUUUUCCUGUACCUUGUCCACUGAGAUUGUUUGAAAUGCUGGUAGUCCCCGAGCAGGAAUUCCCUUUAGUUUGUGUUGGUGUCAGUAGAGGAAGAGACUUCAACCAGGUGGUGAAGUUUGAGACUGUCAACCCAAAUUCUACCUCUUCGUGGUUUACAGAAACAGACACUACAGAGACGAGUGUUGUCCACGUAACGCAGCUGGAGAGAGACACCAUUUUGGUGUGUCUGGAUUGCUGCAUAAAAAUCGUGAAUCUGCAAGGCAGGUUAAAAUCCAGCCGCAAGCUGUCAUCGGAGCUCACCUUUGACUUUCAGAUUGAAUCAAUAGUCUGUCUACAAGACAGUGUGUUAGCAUUCUGGAAACACGGCAUGCAAGGAAGGAGCUUUAGAUCAAACGAGAUCACACAAGAAAUUUCUGAUAAUACAAGGAUAUUCAGGCUUCUGGGAUCUGACAGGGUGGUGGUGCUGGAGAGCAGGCCGACGGACAACCCGACAGCCAACAGCAAUCUGUACAUCCUGGCAGGGCAUGAGAACAGCUACUGAGGGCAGCACAGGCACUCACUGUGAGGAGAACACUCCUGCUGCAGCAGCACUCGUGACUGGCUGCAAUUGCACAAAAGCUGCAGUAACCCCACUUCAGUUACUUUAUAAUUUAUUGUGGCACGAGAGGAAGAUGAGAAUUGUUUGUGGUAUGGACACAGAAGCGUUACAAUACCACGGAAGUGCUUCAUUUACUGUUAUGUAAUCUUUGUACAUAGGCAGUAUUUUUCAGUGAAACUUCUUGCUGAAGCCCUACACUGACUUUCUGUAGAUAGAGGUCCUCCUGUCAAGUACAAGUGUCUUACCUGUACAGAUGUAAAAGUCACUGAGGAUGCAAAAAUUAAAUCGGGGUACUAUUAUAAAGAUGUCUCAUGUGUUUAUUAUACAGUGGGGUUCUAGCAACAAAUAUAGUACAUUUAGCAACACUAUUGUAUUUUAUUAUAUGUAAUUUACUAAUACAAAUAAAUAUUAACUUUUAGAAGUUGUAACCAAGGCUGUAAUCAGAUUACAAUCUUGUUUUAAUUUCAAUACGACACACUGGUGUUCAUGUUUGCACAAUGUAUUGAGAUGUGAUGUAUUUAGUCACAAAGGUAAGCUGUGACUUUGUGGAUAUGACUUGGGCUUCAGAGUUCCUUUAUUUCGUUUAUUUGGGUAGAUUUCUUUGUGAAACAAACCAGUUAAACACCUGUAUUUUUAUAUUUAAUUAAAACUUUCCUUAUGAUUACUUCUCUAUGCUUGAAAACAAUACCUUAUGGAUGGGUGUCAGUCCCAGACUAGUGGUACCUGGCUGUAAUUCUGCAAUAGAUGUUUGAAUUAUCAGUGUAUACGAUGAUAAAAAGUAGUUAUUACUGUUUGUCUUACUCAAUAGUUUCAUAUCACGAUGAAAAGGAGGGACAUUCCACAUUGUGGAAAUGGCUCAGAGAUGUUGCCAUUUUGACUUUGGUUGUUGUUUUUUUGGUGGGUUUUUUUUUUGGGGGG